GAUGCAUGCCCGCGUUCCACGAGCAUCCGACGUCCAUAAACGCCAAGCCCGCAGCCGCAUUUGGAUGCCGGGAUCAUCGACCACGCACGAUGCGCGCAUAAACUACUCCACUCUCUCCCAUCAACCACCUCAACUUCAAGAUGCGUGGCAAGCUAAUCGUUUUCGAAGGUCUCGACAAAGCUGGAAAAUCAACGCAAUGCUCCAAACUCGUCGAGGCUAUGCGUGCACAGGGGAAGGAUGUGAAACAGAUGCGGUUUCCAGACAGGACGACACCGAUUGGUCAGAUGAUAAAUAAUUAUUUGACCGGAGACAGCGAACAGGAAGAUCAUGUGAUUCAUCUAUUGUUCAGUGCGAAUCGAUGGGAGGCAGCCGCAUCUAUACAAAAAGACAUAGCCGCUGGAAAGACUGUCAUCGUCGACCGCUACUACUACUCUGGCAUCGUCUACUCCGCUGCAAAACGCAACCCAGCCUUAUCGCUCCUCUGGGCACGCCAUCCCGAAGUCGGACUACCGCGCCCUGACAUCUGUAUCUUCCUGGACAUUUCGCCCGAGGAUGCUGCGAAGCGAGGCGAUUUUGGCAGCGAGAGGUAUGAGAGUACUGAGAUGCAGGACCGGGUUAGGGAGUUGUUUGGAGUGUUGAGGGAGGGCCAGGAGAAGGCCGACUUUGUACGGAUUGACGCGGGAGGGGAGUUGGAGGAAGUGCAUAGGCUGGUGAGGGAGGCGGUUGACAGGGUUUGUGAGGGUAUAGACUUGACGGGGUUGCCUCUGCGGUUUGUACAGCCGUGAUGACCUCACGGAGGGUGUGAUAGGUGGCCCAGGUUGUGUCGUUUGAGUGCUGCUGGCUUCAAAGGGCUUGGAUCGCCCUCGCUGUCAUCGUCCGAUGAAAUGAGGACGUAACUGUCUCCUAGCAUAGAGCCUGCGACGAAUGGUUCGGGCGCCUCGACAGCUUCUUCGUUUCCGGAAUCAAGCUCUCCGUCCAAACCCUCGUCUAACACGUCGUCGGCCUCCAUCUCCUCGACGACACGCUUGCGCUUUUUCUUGAGGAGUUGAAUGAUUUCCUUCUCGCCUCU